AUGUUCGACUUGACAACAGAGCAUCAAGUUGACAAACCCGUGGAGGGAAAUGUUCGAGCCCCCCGACAUCGGCUGAUAAACGGCUGUGUGCAAAUCACAGCUCUGUUCUCUGCCGGCGUGAAGUUUUUAUCAGCUUUAACAGUUUUUGCCUUUUCGGAAAGAGAUUGA